AUGGGAGUCACCAAAAAACGUGUGGUUGCUAGCGCUGACUCCAGAUACUCACCUAUUGCCAGCGUCAGUGCCAGCAUUAUAACCGAUAAUUCCAAACAUUCCAUAGCUGACUCUGGCAGCAUAGUCACACAGGAGACCAAGCUGGAGCUGAAAAAACAGAUGAACUUAUUUCACUGUGUCAGCAUUAUCAUUGGCAUCAUCGUUGGGGCUGGCAUUUUUGUCUCACCCGUUGGAAUAACUGUUCAUGUCCGGUCUGUGGGCAUGUCAAUUGUCAUGUGGGGUGUGGCUGGCCUCUUCUCCAUGCUGUGUGCUCUGUGUUAUGCUGAACUUGGUGCAUGCCUCCCCGAGUCUGGUGGAGAGUAUAUCUACAUCAAGCGAGCUUGGGGGGAUUUUGCAGCCUUCAUGAGUCUGUGGAUGAACUUCAUCAUCAUCAACCCUGUCUGUGUGGCUGCCUCCACGCUGGUGUUUGCCACCUAUGUCAUCAGGCCUCUGUUCCCAGAUUGUGAGCCACCAGAGGCUGCUGUCAGAUUGUUUGCUGCUUUGAUCAUUGCUGUGAUUGUGGGUUUGAACUGCUACAACGUCACCCUGGUCACCAAGUUGCAAAUGAUCAUUACUGCCAGUAAGCUGAUUGCUCUACUCAUCAUUGUCAGUAUCGGCUUCUACUGGCUAGGCAAAGGUCAUGUGGAAAAUUUCCAGGAGACAUUUGCAGAUAGUGACACCAGUGUUGGGGCAAUUUCUCUGGCAUUUUACAGCGGGUUUUGGGCAUUUGGUGGUUGGAGUUACCUCAACUACCUAACUGAUGAAGUGAUUAAUCCUCACAGAAACCUGCCUCUGGGCAUCAUGAUCUCAAUAACAGCCAUCACCCUCAUCUACAUCCUGGCCAACAUUGCCUACUUUGCUGUGCUGACUCCCAUGGAGCUGCUGCAGUCAUCAGCUGUUGCCGUUACAUUUCUAGAAAGAACAGUGCGCCUCAUGUCAUACGUUGUCCCGUCCCUCAUAGCUGUGUCUGUGAUUGGAGGCAUUAAUGGCUCGGUCUUGUCCAUGUCAAGAUUAUUCUAUGUGGCUGCCAAGAACAAUCAUUUACCUUCAAUCAUCUCCAUGAUUCAAGUGAAAAACUGUACCCCAUCACCAUCCUUGAUUGCCAUGCUGGUGCUAGUGGUCAUCAUGCAGUGCUUGGGAAAUAUCUUCUUCCUCAUUGAGAUGCUUGGCUUCAGUUUGUCCAUUCUUCUGGCCACAGUCUUCGGAGGCCAGGUCUUCCUGAGAUACACUGAGCCUAACCUGCACAGGCCUAUUAAGCUGCCUUGGAUACUGCCAGCCUUCCUGUGCUGCGUGUGCAUGGCCCUGAUGGGGAUCACAGUCUACCAGAAACCUUGGGAGAGCAGUAUUGCCCUGGUGAUUAUAGUUUCUGGGGUGCCCGCCUACAUCCUGGGCACUAAGUGGAGGAAACCACACGGGGUGCAGACAUUUAUUGAUGGUAUCACCAUGACUCUACAGAAACUGCUGCUGGUGUCAGCCUGCGACUAG